GGUCCCAUUAACUUCACUGUCGUUGCUCAUGAUGAUUCUUUUAGUGUUCGAAUCUUAUAAAAUUUUGAAUUAUAUUCUAAUAUUCUAUUUCUUUUUUUCGACAGUUUGUUCCGUUCUGAAGAUAAAUCCGAAACCGUGUUCCAAUGCGUUAGGUUCAAAAGGAACUUGCAUGUUUGUAUGGGACUGCAUUAAAACGGAUGGUAAACAUCUAGGAACGUGCGUUGAUGGAUUUUUAUUUGGAAGCUGUUGCGAAUAUAAUACGAAAAAUACAAAUGAAACAUCGAUAAAUUCGGUUACAACUACGUCAACCGUUAGCCAGAAUAACAAACUGGAAGAAGCUAAACCUACAGAAAUUAUCGCCAUCCCUCCGAUAGCUAUCACUUCGGCUCCUUUAAUAAUUAGCCAAACUAAACCUUCAUUAAACACGAGACAACCUUUAGGAACCUCCACGAAAACCACACAAACUACAAGCCUGAGAAACACGGAUACCACUACAGUUCCUUCUACAUCUACUUCUGAAAAACUCCCCAUUGCAACGAGGAGCCCUGAAAGUAGGGAAGAAGAAUGUGGCAUUUCUCCGGCUCACCAUAAGAGCAAAGUGGUUGGAGGAACGAAUGCAGCUUUUGGUGCGUGGCCAUGGCAAGCAUCUGUGAGACGAACAUCUUUCUUCGGAUUUUCUAGUACGCAUAGAUGCGGAGGUGCCAUCAUAAAUCGACAAUGGAUAGCCACAGCUGGCCAUUGUGUAGACGAUUUGCUGCUGCCACAAAUUAGAAUUCGAGUUGGUGAAUACGAUUUUGCCAGCGUGAUGGAGCCAUACCCUUAUAUAGAAAGGGGAGUGAAGAAGAAAGUAGUCCAUCCUCGUUACAAUUUUUUCACGUAUGAGAAUGAUUUAGCUCUUGUGAAGCUCGAAGCACCCUUGGAUCGACUUCCACACAUAGCAACAAUUUGUUUACCAUCAGACACUGAAAAAGAUCUCAUAGGAAGGAAUGCAACUGUCACUGGAUGGGGAAGAUUAAGCGAGGGUGGUGUAUUGCCCUCUAUUCUUCAAGAAGUUCAGGUUCCUGUCAUAAGUAAUGAAAAAUGUAAAAAUAUGUUUUUGAAAGCGGGUAGACACGAAUAUAUACCUGAAAUUUUUAUGUGUGCAGGGUUCGAAGAUGGAGGAAGAGACUCUUGUCAGGGAGAUUCUGGUGGUCCACUACAAAUGCAAGGAGAAGAUGGAAGAUGGUUCCUAGCUGGGAUUAUAUCGUGGGGAAUCGGUUGUGCAGAACCAAAUAUGCCAGGAGUUUGUACGAGGAUAUCGGUGUUCAAAGAUUGGAUAUUGCAAAACAUCACAAACACCAGGCAUGGAAAAAGGCCUGAAACAUACAGACUGACGGAGUUUAUUCAGAUCAAAAAUCAGUCUAUGUUUUCCACCUGUCUCCCUCCGUUUGGCGAUUAUGGAGGAGAAAUCUUGAUCUCGAUGACCCCACAGGCGUUCAAUAUGGCAAUGUGGCAAUGUGUGCUGCUACUGUGGUUACUUCGACCGACGGAUGGUCAAGGACACAAUUCCAGCCAAGAGGCAUUAUCAGAUGCACAGCAAAGCAUACAGAACAUAAAAUGUCCAGGUGACUGCGUUAAUCUUUUCGCAUCCUUCCUAUGCGAUCGAGUCUUGGAUCAAGUCAAGUGCGACGACGAUUAUUCAAGAUGUUGCGUGGCCGAAGACAUGAUUUUUGGUACCGAAGUGGUGACGUCGCCCCCGUUACCCGAAGAAUUCGAAAAUGCCACUACUACAACCCCGAGUACAACCACGUUGUCUACGUACCACGUCGAACCAACGUCACACCCAUUCAGUCACAGCAAAUUGGCAUCUUGUCCGGGAUCGUGUGUAGACAGACGUCACAGUGCCUCGUGCGAGAAAAUCGCUAAAACUGUUUGCAGCCAAGAGGGCAAAGACUGCUGUUCUAAAAAUGUCACCAUUUCGGAAACGAAACCGGAUUUAUGCCCGGGGACUUGCGUUUCGGCUCUCUUUAGUCUGUUAUGCGACCACGUGGCACACGAGUAUUUCUGUGCAGACGGUGGCAAAUGCUGUGUUCCUCCAACCACAACAACCACCCUCCCACCUAUAAACCCAUGUCCCGGAAACUGUAUUCCCACUUUACUAAGUGGAAUGUGCAACAGACCGUCACUGUUAAUAGUGAAAACGACAGAUUGCCCAGCAGGGACGAUCUGUUGUUACACGCCUGUCGAACGGAUCAAGCCUACAACUCCUCCAUCAACUCUACCGACGACCCCGAUUCCGAAAGUGAAACCGAACAAGGCAAACUUUCCCAUUGAGUACAUGUGUCCCGGUACAUGUAUCAACACCCUUCUUCGAUUCACGUGUGUAAAAAAUCACAUAAUAUAUAAUCGAUUCAACUGUAAUACACCUGGAACAGUUUGUUGUGUUUCUAUUUAUGAGGUAAACAGGUUUGAGCAGAUGUUCCGGCGACCUCAUUCUCCUUCUCGAAUCACCAAUUAUACAAUUCAUACAAACAUAAAAGCUCCCAGCGUGCGGAUACCAAACCCUUACAUGUGUGGAAUCAAAGGAACCGAUAGAAGGCAGGCAAAGAUUAUAGGGGGCCUCGACUCUCUACCGGGAGAAUGGUGCUGGCAGGUUGCUCUCAUAAAUUCUCAAAAUCAGUAUCUAUGUGGUGGAGCCUUAAUUGGUACUCAGUGGGUUUUAACUGCAGCACAUUGCAUAACCAACAUUGUGAGAAAUGGAGAUGCCCUGUUCAUUAGGGCAGGUGAAAAUGAUCUGACACAACAGAAACAAAGAAAGUCAACAUCCGAAACAAAGCGAGUCAUCACUACUUACAUCCAUCACAAUCACAACAGUCAGACAUUAGAUAACGAUAUCGCACUCUUGAAGUUACAGUUGCCGGUAGAACUAAACAAAAACAUCUGCCUGAUCUGCUUACCUGCUCGAGGAGUCACUCAGCAGGCCGGAAAAUUAUGCACCGUAACCGGUUACGGCUAUCAAGGAGAAGCUGGCCCCAUAGCACUUAAAGUCAGACAAGCACAACUGCCAAUUAUUGACGAAAGAGAAUGUACAGUUCAAAUUAAUGCAGUUACAGAAAAGUUAUUUGUUCUACCUGCUAGCAGCUUCUGUGCAGGUGGCAAAGAAGGUGAAGAUGCCUGUCAGGGAGACGGCGGAGGACCUUUAGUUUGCGAAGUGGACGGAUUUUACGAGCUGACGGGAAUCGUGUCGUGGGGUUUUGGCUGCGGCAGACAGGACGUGCCUGGAAUUUAUGUGAAAGUUUCUUCAUUCAUCGGCUGGAUAAAUCAGAUCAUCAGCGUCAAUAAUUUAUAGUGAAAAAGUAAUUUAUCACUCUACCUCCAAUACCAAAAAUUAAUUUUGAUCAUUUUCUAGUUUAAUUAUAUCA